AUGAUUCAGAGGAAAGUUCAGGCGAGACAGAUUCAUGGAGUUAAAGUCAGUCGGAGUGGCCCAAGAAUAUCACAUCUUUUCUUUGCUGAUGACAGUUUACUCUUCACCAGAGCCUCUAUUCAGGAAUGCACUGUUAUAGUUGAUAUUCUCAACAAAUAUGAGUUAGCAUCCGGGCAAAAAAUUAACUAUGAAAAAUCGGAGGUGUCUUUCAGCAGAGGAGUCAGCAUCAAACAGAGAGAAGAUUUGACAAAUGUUCUGAACAUGAGACAGGUGGAAAAUCAUGAGAAAUAUCCUGGUAUCCCCUUUAUUUCAGGGAGAUUGAAAAAACUUAUAUUCGAUUCUCUUUUAGAUAGAAUUUGGAAGAAACUCCAAGGUUGGAAGGAGAAACUACUUUCUAGAGCCGAGAAAGAAAUUCUGCUGAAGUCUGUGAUUCAAGCUAUCCCAACCUAUUUGAUGGGUUUUUACAAGCUUCCUGCUUCUAUCAUUCAAAAAAUCCACUCAGCUAUGGCACGUUUUUGGUGGGGAAGCUCGGAUUCCCAAAGGAAGAUUCACUGGAAAAAUUAG